AGUGCGUAGCAAAGAUUGUAAAUGCCGCCAUUGUUCUACCAUUCACAGCUGGAGACGCAUCUAAUAACCAACACACAAGUACUUAUAUACGACCUCACGAUGGAAGUAUCAGCGGAAUAAUUAUUCUGUCAAGCGUCUUGGUGAUAGCGUUUCUUGCAAUGUUUGGAAUAAGAUUGGUGGAUUCAGAAGUAAACAAGACCAAACCAUAUUUUACAAUGCAUUCAUAUCUGUAUGUCACAAUCAUCCUAUCUAUAAUUGUUUUUAUAGCGCAUUUCAUUAUACAUAGAGUUAAUCGGGAAGAACGUUCCAGAAAAGCUGACGCCAUAGCCAAAUUGAAACUUGGAUUUUUAUGGAUUUUUACAAUUGGAAGUAUUUUGUAUGCCCUGGCAAAAAUAAUCAGAAUUCCAUGCAAAAUGAAAAUUGUAAAUGAAUAUAGAAGCAGUGGGUGUAUAGACAAAAAUAUAACUUACUACAAUGGAUAUGAAGAGGCAAACAUCAGUUUUCAUUGCACUCAAAUUUUGUUUUAUAUUCUCCAGUCUUCAUUUAUCCAUUUUUUCAUUCGUUGCUGCUUUAGAAAUUCAUGGAGGAUCUAUUAUAGCCUUGUAUUGAUAGUCCUGGCAAACAUUUCCCAAUGGGCGCAUUAUUUUUCUGGUGUAUACAAAGACAAAGAUAAAAGAAUCUAUAACCUAAAUUGUUCUAUUAGCAACUAUUCAAUUGACAGCUGCUACGGGGAAACAAUUUUGAUAAAGAUAGAGCCAUACCUAACACCAGUUGAAAUGGAGUAUUUCCUUUUAUCGAUGAUUUUUAUUGCUGAACUUUGGCCAUCCAAUAACAGUAACACACAUGAAGUAAAUGUGCUUGAAUCGGAUCUCGCCAAUGAAUAUACACCCUUUGAAUCCUCCACGAAUAGAUUAACAAGAGUGGCUAUGUGUUGGUCAAAUAGUGUUCGAACCACUCUGUGCGUUGGUUGUGUAGUUAUAUUAUAUUUGCCUUGUUAUAUUUUUGGAUACUUUGCAUUAGCAGAGAGCGAGAAGAAGGCAAAAUCCGUCAAUGUAACAAUGGAAACUGCAGAUAUACUGUAUGCUAUAUUUAUUUCAUUGAUUAAGACAACGUUAUUGAUUUCAUGUUUUUAUAUGAUUUCCCAUUCGUCAUAUUUUAGACCUUUCAAACGAAAAGGAGGCCUCCAUUUUCAUCAUAAGAUGAUAAUUGCUAGUUUCCUUGGUUCCGUUGGAUAUUUAUCAUUAUUAAUUUUUUCAAGCAUACAUGGUGAAAAAGCAAAUUUGUUAAUCGCCCAAAAAAUUCUCACAAUAAUAGAACUGUACUUUCAAUUAAUUUGUAUUCUUCAAUUAAACAACUAUGAAAAAUAUCAGCGAGGCGUUGGCGAGUUUAUUUAUCUUGCACUGUCAAUAUUCAAUCUUUGCGAUUGGGUUGAUGACAGUUUUUUUGGAGCUGUUUCCAUAUAUGAUAAGGAAGUUUUACAACAUGUAUAUGAUAUCACCACUCAGAAUCUCAUUACUAAUUUUUUGUGUCCCUUUUUAAUCUUCUUUAGAUUUGAAACUUUCGUUUUUAUGUAUGGUAUUUUUCGCCAAACCUCGUCUAAUAACAGUUUUAUAGAGAGCACUGAACAUUUACUAUUUGAUGAGAUUUGAAUUUACAAAUAAAAAAUACACUUUUUAUAAAAAUUCGUGUGAUAUAAUCAUGAAUGCUUACUGAUUUAAAAGUAAGUGGGAAUGUAUUCUCAACAGUUUAUUGUGAACUAACAUAUGUAACAUGAUAUUUUCUCUACAAGGAAGAUAGUUGGACCUAAAUAUUUACAUUUAUUAUGUUCUGUUUUGUCAUGUUGGUCAUUAUUUUUAAUAAAUGUUGUAAUGUAA